GUAUAUAAGUAGGAUAUAUUUUCAACUAAGUUAUAACACAUCUUCAAAUCAUUAACCUCUCUGGCUCUCUCUCUCUCUCUCCCCCUUAGCUCUCUCGAUUUGUAGGUUUUUCUUUGUGUAUAUAAAUAGAUAUAUGCACAUACACAUAGGAAGAUAUGAUGGGCUACGAGCAGAUGAAUCAGAUGACAAUGAAGACAACGACGAUGAUGAAGAAUUUCAAUAAGGUGGGACCAAUCAGUACUCCACACAAGAAAACAAUGAGGAGAAGUGUGUCGGCCAUUGAUGGUGGUGCGACCGCUGAGGCAGCUGGAGAAGGAGAUCGCGGCCAGAAUCUCGAGACUCUCGAUCUUAGCGGCAUGUCCUUGGCUUCCCUCCCAGCAUCUUCUAUCAACUUAGCUUCCAUCUCGAAACUCGAUCUCUCCAAUAACAAUAUUCAGUUUCUCAUACAGCAAAUUCCGGAGUCUCUAGUAGCGAGAAUGUUAAACUUGUGGGCAUUGGAUUUGCACUCCAAUCAGCUCAAAACGCUCCCAAACUCCAUUGGAUGUCUUUCCAAGCUUAAGAUUCUUAAUGUCUCUGGAAACAACCUACAAGCUCUCCCCAAAACUAUCGAAGAUUGCAGAUCGCUGGAAGAGCUGAACGCCAACUUCAACGAGCUGACACUGCUUCCAGAUACGAUAGGGUUCGAGCUAACGAAUUUGACAAAGCUCUCCGUCAAUUCAAACAAGCUUGUCCUGUUACCAAGCUCCCUUGGCCACUUAACGUCGCUACGUGUGCUUGACGCGCGGCUUAACUGCCUCGUAUCGCUCCCUGAGGAUCUAGAGAACCUCGUGAACCUUCAGGUCCUUAACGUUAGCCAGAACUUCCAGCACUUGAAGACGUUACCUUACUCCGUUGGGUUAUUGAUAUCUCUAGUGGAGCUUGACGUUAGUUAUAACGGGAUUAGGGUUUUACCGGACUCCAUCGGCUGUCUUCGCCGGAUUCAGAAGCUCUCCGUCGAGGGUAAUCCCCUCGUCUCCCCACCUUUUGAAGUGGUGGAACAUGGUUUGGAAGCAGUGAAGCAGUACAUGAGCGAGAAGAUGACCGAGUCUAAUAACAAAACUCCGACGAAGAAAAAGUUGUGGGGCAUUGGUAAGAUGGUCAAGUACAAGACCUUUCACGGCUUUAGCUCAUCUCCGGGAAGGUCUCCAGGAAGGAGAACCGGCGGUGACCGCCAUAGAGAGGAGAGGGAAGGCUUCAUCAACGUCUCCGACUACCGCCAAAUCGACGGACUAGCUUCCCCGAGACACGUGUCCCUCUUCAACCCGCGUCGCCUCUUGUCUCCAUUAUCCACGUUUUUCUCUCCUCCAAGGUAUUAGCUACGGUUACGUCUGUGUUCUCUUAUCUUCACCAAACCGUUUUCACAUGUCUUUUUUGUUUUGUUUUGCAUGAAACGUUGUUUCCUUUGUAUCUAUUUUUUUGCGUGUAGGGUUCUUUCUCUAUGUAUCACAUAGACUUUUGGGUGGCUUUUGUGGCUGUGUCUUGGUUCAGUUUUGUUGAACACGUUUGUAAAUUAUGACAUAGACUUGUAGCGUGUAGAUUGAUUCAUGUUUGUAUGUAAUAAUAAUGUAAGAUUGAUAGCAUUUUGAAA